GCUGUGAGUGAGACUGGAGAUUGGAGCGCUGAGUUUCAUUCCUGAGCUGAGCAGCGAGAGGAGCGGGUGUUCGAAUGAGAGAAAGGCAAGUCUGAGAACAGGUUUCGCUGUCAGGGACGCACCAUCCGGCGAAGUCGCAGCGAAUCCUGCCAUAAGUUUAACCAAGACGUAUUUAAAAUGACUUGCCAAGACCUCUGCUAGUUCCCCAUGGCAGCUGCUCAAACCUUCAAUUUGAACUGUGACCCUGGAAAUUUCCAUAGACUCCAGUCUUUCCCCUCUGAGUCUGUGACGUACAGUUGUAAAAUGGGAAGUGUAAGCAGCCUAAUUGACAAGCAAGACUUCCCACAUGAUGGAUUUAACUUAGACUUUAAGCCAUUUCCAGAGCCCAGUGGCCCAGGAAAUGUUCUUAAGAGGGGACUGCACCAGAAGGAGUUUCUGAGCUACUUGAACAUCACAAAGAAAGAAGGUAAAAAUAAAAAAUUCCCCUCUGGCUUGGGAUUCAGAAGAGAACAUAGUGUGGAAGGAGGGGAGAAUGACUAUCCUGUAUUCUAUCACAAAGAUCACCGGGGGACAGAGUUUAGCAAGUCGUCCCUCCCGGAGAGAGGGCACUUGGAUAAGUCUCGCUUUGGACCUUCUGCCUUGAAGUCUUCAAAUGUAAAGACCUUCAUGUCUAUUCAGAGCUUAUAUCAGUCUGGAAACAAACUAUCCAAAAGCAAUGGCAGUCUGAACACACUGGGCUGUGUGGGAAGUCCGCCCUGCAGAGGUCCCUUACAGCCAUGCAAUAGUCAGUCAAAUAAUCAAAGUGAAAGUGGAAAUGAUGAAGAGGAUGACAGUCUGUCUGAUUCAAGACAAAACUCCAUUAACAGUUUAAACUCUUACAGCCCUGGCUUUAGUGUAGCAAGGGGUCAAAUAAGUGCUUCCUUGGGACAAAUUAAUCACAUUGGAGGAUCGUUGGACCGGGCUUCACGCGUAAUGCGCGAAACCGUGGCUGGUGAGAAAAGUACUUUCUCAUGCAGAAGUAUGGCCACUCUGAGCCGUCUGUGUUCUGGGGAGCCUCCGCCACCCUAUGAGUACUCUCAGUCAGUGGAGGAUGUAGCACGCCAGCUGGAGGAGAAGCUUUAUGAGAAAGGGAUGGAGGCACGGCAGUUGAGGAAGAACGCAAGCGAUAGUGAUGAUCCUUUUACUCAGGUGUUUGAAGACAAGCGUAGGCUUUGGAUGGAAGAGCUGGAUGAGCUGAAACAGAUGUACAUGUCUAAGUUGCAGCAGAUUUCCCAGCAGGCUCUACGCAGCCAAAGAGCCCUACAGUUGCAGUUAUACAAAGUGCAGCAGGAGAAGAAGCGACUUCAGGAGGAGCUUAAUACCCUGAGGGGAGAGAGCGAGGAGUUGAGACAAAAACAAUCCCAGUCAGAUAAUUCUGGCCCAAAAUUGGAGGACUCAAAGUGGGAGAUCUCUCAGAAAGCUGGUGAGAUUUCUCUCCUUAAGCAGCAGCUGAGAGACUCGCAAGCAGAGAUCAAUGUAAAGCUUGGGGAAGUGGUCAGUCUGAAGACACAGCUUCGGGAGGCAAAAGCCCUGGUAAAGGAAAAAGAGAAGGAAUCUGAUGAACUCUCCACUCGCCUCCAGGUUUUAGAGGAUGCCAAAAGCCAAGCUCCAGUAGAUUUGCCAAGAGAUAGCUCAGACACUAUAGACCUAGAGCGCCUACGGGCAGAGCUAAUGCUUGAAAGGCGUCAGAAUGAAGCCCAGAUGUUGACCUUUGAGACUGAACGAAAAGUCUGGAAGGAGGAAAAGGAAAAAGUGCUGAGGUACCAAAAGGAGAUACAGUCUAGCUACCUGGAGAUGUAUCAUCGCAAUCAGGCUCUUGAGAGGCAGGUCCUAGAAUUAAGGCAGGGUGUGGGACAGUCCCCGAGCUCUUCUGGCAUCUGGAUGGACACAGUGGAAACAUGAACAUGGAACCAACCAGGAAAGUUUCUCUAUCAUGGCAGGACUGCUAUUGGAUGAGGGAUAAGACUGAUAUCCUCACACACAGAUAUGAAGCCAUGUUGAAACGUUAUGGUGGUGUAUUGGCAGCAGUGAUCGGUGUGACCAUCACUUAGACUCUGAAAUACAUUUUGACUUGGUUUCUACUUAAAGUGACAAUAUGUGUUGCCAUUUGACAAAAUACCAGAGCUAUGACUACUGCUCAAAUAGGCCAAGUUAAAGAGAGACUUGCUGGAUCUUUGGAGUAGGAUGGGAACCAUGUUCUGUUACAUUUAUGAAAUCAGCAUUGUAAACAAGCUAAAUUAUUUUCAGUAGGUGACCUCUUAAGAAAUGACACCUGUAGUAUAUAAAUAUAAGUAUUUUCAGUAGUGUGAAUUGGUUUUGCACUAAUGUGUUUAUAUUAAAUGAAACAAGCGACUGAGACGAAUGUUUUACAGAGCAUUUUAUUGCCUGUUAAAAUUCCCCUAAGACUCUAGGGAGAAUUAUGCUAUUCCAUGCAGUCUUGUGGGCAAGGUGUGCUUUCAUAAUCUAUGUAUGCACCAGUAUUGUGUGCUGCCUACCUAACUAGAAACGAUGUUGGGUGCUAGAGUGCCAAAAAGUGCUGUAUCAGUCCAAGAGGCAACAGUAAUAAUCACUGCCCUUGCAGUGUCCAGAUUGGUGUACCCCUUGGGCCUCCAUUUAUUUAGUUCAGUUGAGCAGAACUUGUUGCUCAUAAUAAGUUUCCAAAGGCUUUAGAAGAAAAGAAGGAGGUACGCUCUCUGCCUAUUCCAUGUUAUGACAUCAGCCUUCAUUACAGGGCGCAGUCUGUUUAUAUUUGGGCACACUGUACAGAUGGCACCGUGAUUUUUUAAGGGAUUGCUCUGGUGACUUUAGAGGCAAUAGGUAUGUUUAGAAAGAUGUUUUACAGUGAAAACCCUUAGGGAGAAUGGUAGGUGUCUGUAUAAUGCAUCUGUUAUUGCAGCACUUUAUUCUUGUUACUCACUGCAGCACUCAAAACUAGAAAGGAAUUUGAUCUGAUCUGCAGACAGACUUGGACAGACUUGGACUUUUAGGAGCUCUUCAGCAUUUUAGUGCACACCCAGCAUCAGACAACUGUACCCAGUAGAGGUACACAGUGAGGUGCAGAACUUUUAGGGCAAUGGCACACAGAGCUAUUUGUAACCCGCAGUACAAAAAUGCGCUACCACAGGCGUCAGAUCUCCUAAAAAUUCCAUCCCCUUGGUUAACAAAUGAAUCGCUGCAAGUAAAUGACAUUACUCACAGCAAUUCAGCACAAUCAUGGGAAAGUACUAUCCAGUGCGCUAACAUUUGCUUUGCCGCAAGUAAAUACAUUACAGCAAUCCUGCUUUAUCGCAGGGGAAUGCCCUCUUUCACAUUUUCCCGUGAUUAAGUCAGAUCUCUGCAAGUGAUGUAAUUUAAUUGUGGUGAUUCCAAUGUUAGUGAAGGGGAUGGCAUUUUCAGGAGCCUUGUCACCUGCGGUAGCACAUUUUUACUGUAGGAGACAAAUCUCUCGGUGUUUUUGCCUUUAGGGCAAAAAGAAGGCAUUUUUUCCACAAUUAAGCUGAAUUGCUGCGAGAAAUGUAACUUACUUGCAGCAAUUCAAGUGUUAGAGAAGGAAUUGCAAUUUCAGGAGAUUUGCCACCUGCAGUAACACAUUUUUACCAUGGGAGACAAAUCUCCCUGUGUGCCAUUGCCCUAGAAGAGUAGCUGCAGUGAGUUAGACUUGUAAGUAAGGAGUAGGCCCCUGCAACUUGAGCUUCACUGUGUGGCUGAUGUGCAUCUUGGAUGCAUAAUUGAUGCCUACUUGUUGCCACCUGAAUUUUGUAAUGUUACUAUUGCUUUUAUCACUCAGGGGAAGGGGGUUAUAGCUAAUACCUAUGUCAUUGACAAAGCUGGAUCUUUUAUAUAUUCAAAGUGUUGAACAGAUUUGAAUAUCUAAGUGGAACUAGCAGCAUAAUUACAUGUAUAUAGUGACCGGAGCAUAAUUCAUUCUAUGUUCAAAAUUCCUGACGACUGACAAAUGCGGUCAGUCUUCUAACUUAAUACAGACAAAACCUAAAAUACCUCCCUUAUAAUGCUUGUUUUUGUAAAUAUGAUUAGUGCUUGUAACACACAGAGGCAUCAUUAUUAUGUUUACAUCUAUGGGAUGCCCUUGAAUGCAUGUGCAUGUUUCUCCACUCACAGCCUAGGAAUGGUGGCAAAACGGCAGGCCUGUUUUGCCAAGUACAGCAAUUCACAUGGUACAGUUCUGGCAUUUACAAUCCAUAUAAAUUGUAGGAAUAGACAACAAAUCUUCCAAGCAUCUCUCAGGGCUGACUCUCAGCCUGCACAUAAAUACAGGCCGAGACUAAGACCCUACGCUGGAAUCAGCUUUUCCCCAGCCACUAUGUUGACCCGGGCGCAGGCACACAGUAGAUUUAAAUGCAGUAACACACAAGUAUGCAUUUCAGGCCAAAAUCUGCACCGUGUGUCUGUACUUGCACUGGUACCGGGUGCAGACACAGGGGAAGGCUGAUGUUUAUUCACAGGCUGAGAAUCUGCCCCCCAUGUGGCAUUAGCCUUAUAGUUUAUACAAACAGGAAUGCAAAUGGUUGCUUAUUACUAUUCUCUCUCUGUUAUCUGUGAGCUGUGACUCACUGCUGGUGGUUGUCUGUAUCUCCCAGAAUCCCAGUGCACCAUUUAUCUGGGAGGUGGGUUUUACAGCGGCUGGAGAGCCACAGGUUGCAAGUGGCCACUUUAUUUUUGUGGUUUUGCAAACCAGGGAGGAGAUGCUGGUCUGCUUGCUGGCACUUGCAUAACAUUUAUGAAGUAUCAUUUUCCAUUGUGCUUUUAUGACAGUUUUUAUUUUUUUUUCAAUGUGAACCAAUUAUUUGUCAUGUAUUACAAAUAAAUUGGGUUUUUUUUUAUUCAUAA